GGUUUGAAAGAGCUCCAUUUUGUGAAAGCUGUUGAAGCAGAGCACCGUCCCUGUGAAAAGACGAAACCUAGAAACGACAAAAGAGUCAAAGUUAGCCGACGAACUGCUCGAUAACCAAGUCAGUAUCCGAAAGGAAAGCAAAUCUUAUCGUAUGUCCGAUAUCCAGAACCUCCAAACUUUUGACCCCUUUGCUGAUGCAACUAAGGGUGAUGACCGCCUCCCAGCUGGGACAGAGGACUAUAUCCACAUAAGAAUCCAACAGCGGAACGGCAGGAAGACCCUCACCACUGUCCAGGGCAUUGCCACUGACUAUGACAAGAAGAAGCUAGUCAAGGCCUUCAAGAAGAAGUUUGCUUGCAAUGGGACAGUGAUUGAGCACCCAGAGUAUGGUGAAGUGAUCCAGCUUCAGGGAGACCAACGCAAGAAUAUCUGCCAGUUCCUCAUUGAGAUUGACCUGGCCAAGGAGGAGCAGCUCAAAGUCCACGGCUUCUAGAAGCUGCUAGCAGCCCUCUCCCCUUCUCUCCUAGAAGGCCAUUAAACUCCCUCUCCUCCUAUGUGCUGCUGUUCCUCUUCCUCCCCCCUCUCCCCCCUUGCAACCCCACCAGCUCCUAUUAGCUAACACGUGAAUUACCUCUCCCAAACAUGGGAUUCUGUAACACCACCACCCCCCUACAACACCAGGGGGCAGGCUCGCUCUCACAAAGACACACCACUGCAGCUCCACACAUCAGGGAUGAGUGGUGAUGACCCUCCCACACACUUCCUCCUUCCUUUUCCCCUGUUUAUUUCCUUUUUUAAUUUCCUCUUUUUAGGUCUCGUGCCACAACAAAAGAGGCACUGUUUCAUGUAACGUUUUUGUUUUGUACUUCAAGGUGUUUCAAUAAAACGUUGAGUCUCCAUA